AUGGCUAACCCUUCAACCCAACAACGCAUCGACUUCGUCACUCUGGGCAUGUUCAUCCUAGACGACAUCCACCCCUCCCCCACCUUUCCCUCCAAAACUCCCUCUCUCUCCAUCCCCGGCGGAGCAGGAACUUACUCCCUCCUCGGCGCCCGCCUGCUCUCUCCUCCACCCUCCAACCCAAUCGUAGCAAUGAUCAUCGACGCCGGCACAGACUUCCCCUCUUCCCUCCUCUCCACCAUCCGCACCUGGUCUACCUCCUCUCUCAUCCGUCAACGAGAUGCCUUGACCACGAGAGGCUGGAACGGCUACUCCGGCAACGAAGUCCGAGCGUUUAAAUACCUCACUCCGAAAUUACGACUCACAGCAGGGGACUUGACCGCCGAACUUUUGGCGUCGAAGACUUUCCACCUAAUCUGUAGUCCGGAACGCUGUAUCACCGAAGUCAACUCCAUCCUUCUCCGGCGAGCCAACGAAAGGGUCGAUGAACGACCACUCUUCAUCUGGGAACCUGUCCCUGACCUCUGCACCGCGGAAGAACUCUCCCGUACACUGGAAGCGAAUAAAGUCGUAGACGUCGUAUCACCCAACCACGAUGAGUUGGCGGCGAUGUUCGGCACGGAGCAUGGGUCUUCUGUCAGGGUGGAGAUGGUGGAAGAACAUGCCUCGAACAUGGUCGAGCAUGGGAUCGGCAGAGAUGGGGAGGGGGCGAUUGUAGUGCGCUGUGGGGCGGUGGGAUGUUUUGUCCUCUCGAGGAGGGUGAAGAAGUGGUUGCCCGCUUAUCAUACGGAUGGCAGCAAAGUGGUUGACCCGACUGGAGGAGGGAAUGGGUUUCUGGGCGGGUUGGCGGUCGGACUUGUCAGGACAGGGGAUGUGGUGGACGCGUGUAGGUGGGGGAGUGUGAGUGCGAGUUUGUGCAUUGAACAGGUCGGCGUGCCGGUGUUGGAGGAGGCAGGUAAUGGGAAGGGAGAGAAGUGGAACGGAGUGGACGUUCUGGAACGACUGGCCGAGUUUCGAACAAGAACAUCGUGA